CCUGUCCACCAUUAAACCAUCUUUCCAAGCAGUCUCCAUGUUUCCAGUGUCUGUUUUCCCCACUUGGAGCAGAACCUAGAAGGAUGUUUCUUCCAACACUGUCACGUGACGUUUCACGACGUUUUUCCUCUUUGCGGAGCUGGCGUAGGUGUGGCCUGCAUGUGACGCAUGUGGCCUGUGGGCUGCCAUUUUGGCACCCCUAAUUAGAGAACCUUGUGAAGUAUAAGUAGAGUGACUGGCAGAAUUUCAAUGGUGGCCAACAACAGUGAAUCAGUUUUCCCCAACUGAAUCAGAUGCAAAUGUGAGGUUUGCCACAUUUGCUUCUUGGUUCUAUAUUCAGCCUUUACUUGUACUUGUGAAUGUAUGUUUCAGUGAAAAUGAAAUGUACAUACAUUUCAAUGUAUGUACAUUUCAGCUUUAUCCCUUCUUUUCAGGGCAUCUCUACUCCAUUUUUGACAAGCAGAGAAGGUAAUGGUGGCCCAAAUCACUGAGCUAUGUGGCUGAGGGGAAUUUGAAUGGAAGCCUCCCUAGCUAUUUUCCUGCCGUGACUGUUGGGAGUUCUCAGUGUUAAGAGACAGUUAUUUUGUUUAAAGGAGCACAUUUAGAAUCCAAAGCUGGUGAAAGUCAGCCACUCCUCCAGAGACCUUUCCAGUCCUUUCUUCUAGCAUGCAACUUGAUUCAUCCAGGUGAAAGUUCUGCUAAUCUUCUUUCGGCAUGCUGAGAGCUGUUGUCUGCAAAGAGAUUUGUUGAGUCAAGAUUCCACAGAGCAAAAGUUGGCAUCAAAGCAUGAGUAAUUGGAGUCUGAGCAAGCAGUACAAAAGCAGGCACACCCAGGAUCUCUACCCAUUUAUCAAGCAUUCUUGACACACCCAAGAAUGGAGAAAAGCCCCAGAUAAUCCUGCAGAUUUUAUACGCCUAAGGACACAAACUGAUUUUGUGAUUUUUUUUUUCAAAUAACUAAGGAAUUUACAUCCCCAGGUAAGAGGUGUUUAAAACGGAGAAUGAAAGACUACAGUUAAAGAAGCAAGGCAACGGAUUCCAGUCGACCCGUGCACAAAAGAGAAGGAAAAAGACAGGAUAGUGCAGGUAACUCUUGAAUGUUGUGAACACCAUCAUUAUGUGGAUAUUCCUUCUUCUGGCUUCUGCACACCUCCUGGUUGCACAAAGAACCUGUCUGCAUGGGGCCUGCUACCCACCUGUGCAGGAUCUUCUUGUAGGAAGAAUCCAUUAUUUGAAGGCCUCCUCCACCUGUGGACUUACCCAACCCGAAACUUCAUGUACUCCAUAUGGAGAAUGGCAAAUGAAAUGUUGCCGAUGUGAUUCCAGAACCCCUCAUGCAUUCAACAGUCACCGGGUGGAAAAUGUUCUCUCUUCUACAGGACACAAGCGGUGGUGGCAAUCUCAGAAUGAUGUGAAACAUGUUUCUCUCAAACUAGAUUUAAACAAUAAAUUUCAUCUUGCUAAUCUUCUGCUGGACUUCAGGAGUCCUUUGCCAGGUGGCAUGGUGAUAGAGCGUUCUACUGAUUUUGGCAAAACCUGGAAGAUCUAUCAGUACUUAUCCACAGACUGUUCUACUAUUUUUCCCCGCAUCCCCAAGGGCUUGCCUCAGAAGUGGCAGGAUGUCCGUUGCCAGGACAUACAGAGUCAACAUAGACAACCUCAGAAUGGAGGAAAGAUUAAGUUCAACCCUGUAGACCUUACAUCAGGGAUGAUGACAUCUCAAAGCCAACGAAUUAACAAUCUGGCUGAAUUCACCAACCUGAGAAUCAACUUCACACAGUUGACCCGUUUUCCACAUCAGGGAUACCGUUUACCCAGUGCUUUCUAUGCCUUAAAUGAGAUGCAGGUCCAAGGCAGCUGUUUCUGUCACGGGCAUGCAGACCGCUGUGCUGCCUCUGAUGCCUCUUCUGGACAGCCCAGAGUUAUGGUUCAUGGGCGUUGUGUAUGCCAACACAAUACUGCUGGGCCAAACUGUGAUCAAUGUGCAUCUUUUUACAAUGAUCAGCCAUGGAGACCUGCUGAAGAUGAUAAUCCUAACGAAUGUCAUAGAUGCAAUUGUAAUGGACAUUCCCACAAAUGCCAUUUUGACCAAAGUGUAUACCAAGCAAAUGGGGGAAAGAAUGGGGGUGUAUGUGAAGAUUGCCAGCACAACACAGCAGGGAAGAACUGUGAACUUUGCAAAAUAAACUUCUUUCGUAACCGGCGGUUUGAUCUUGGCCAUCCAGAAGUCUGUCAGCCUUGUGAGUGUGAUCCAGAUGGCACUGUUCCUGAUUCUAGCUGUGACCACAUGGACGGUCGUUGCGUCUGUAAGGACAAUGUGCAAGGAGACCGUUGUCAUCUUUGCAAACCUGGCUUUACUCAGUUGACCAACUCUAACCCCCAAGGUUGCAGAGACUGUGCCUGCAACAUCCUGGGCAGUCGCAGAAAUGUGCCCUGUGAUGAUGAAACUGGACGCUGUUUCUGCCUUCCUAAUGUGGUGGGAGAGAAGUGUGAUGAGUGUGCGGUGAAUCACUGGAAAAUUGCAAGCGGGGAGGGCUGCCGGCCUUGCAACUGCCACCCUCAGAAUUCGCUCAGCCUUCAGUGCAACCAGUUUACAGGGCAAUGUCCAUGCAGGGAAGGCUAUGGUGGACCGACAUGCUCUUCUGUUGAAGUACAGGAAUGUCCACACCAGACAUUUGGAAAUGUUAGGACUGGAUGUAGAGAUUGUGACUGCAAUUUCCAAGGCACAGAGGUAAUGGGCUGUAACAAACUGACUGGCAGCUGCCUUUGCCGCACAGGGUUUGCAGGACCCCAGUGUAACCACUGCCAACGGGGCUACUGUGGCAACUAUCACCAGUGUGAAGCAUGCCAUCCUUGUUUCCAAGCCUAUGAUGAUGACAUUCAAAGGUUUGGUUUACGUCAGGCCGCCUUGAAAAAUUCAACACAGCACUUGCAAGGAGGGACAAUGACCUCUGGCUACAGUACCCGCCUUUCAGAAGUGGAAAGAAAAAUGCAGCACAUUCAACAGAUAUUGGACAAUCCCCUCAUUACUGAGCAGGGACUGGACCAGGUGGCCAAUACUAUUGCUACAGUAAGGCAGACCAUUGAACGUUUAAGCUCUGAAAUACUUCUUGUGGAUGAAGUCUCUUCCCUGUCCAUAGAUAUGGAUGCUCUUGAUAAAAGCUUGUAUCUAAUCACUGAACAAUACCAAAAUAAGAAGGCCCAGUUUGAAGCCAGCCGCAGCAUAGAUCUCUCAGGGGCAUUCAAGACUAUCAGAUCUGCACAUCUCACAUCCUCCAAUGCCAGUGCACGCAUAGCUGGAUCUUCUGGACUGAUUUCUGAGUCUCUGGAAAAAAGGAGAAAUGCUGAGGAGCUCGAAAGUCGUCUUAUAGACCCGGAUUCAGGAUUUGAAGCACUUCAGAAUAAAAUGGCUGUUACACCCAACUUGACUCCAGUAAUUAAUAAGGUUUGCAGUAUUGUGAGAUCAGAAGUUUGCACUCCUGGUGAAUGUAUUGGGUAUCUGUGUCCUCAUCAAAAUGCAAAUGAAUGUGGUCCAGGACUGAGCUGCAGAGGGAUCCUUGCACUUUCCAGCAGUUCCAUCCAAACUGCCAGGAAAACCACCCAGGAAUUCCGCAAUUUUAACAGUCAGCUUCAGGAGACUGAACAAAUGAUCAGAUCUGCUGAAAUAGCUUCCAGCAAGAUUCAGACAAAUGCCCAAAACCUGAGAAAUCAAAUGAGCACCAUCAGGACACAGAUAGAAGCAGAUAUCCAGCGCACUCAGCAGUUCAUCCGCCAAGUUCGCAACUUCCUAUCAGAUCCAGAUGCUGAUGCUACUACGAUUCAGCAAGUGAGCAAUUACAUCCUGUCCCUUAAUCUUCCAAUUGAUACUGGCACAAUUCUCAGGAAAAUCACUGAGAUUCAGAAUUUGAUUGCUAAGCUGCAAUGUCCUGACAGCAUCAUUGCCCAAACUGCUGGAGACAUAGCUAAGGCCAAACAGCUUCAGCAGGAGGCUGAAGAAGCCAGGAACCAGGCCAGUACUAUUGAGGGAAAUGUGGAUGAUGUGCUGCAGAAAUUGAAACAAGGAGAAAUAGCACUUCAAGAAGCUGAACUUACCAUUCAUGACUCUGCUUUUCCCCUCCAGCGUAUACAAAAUCGCCUUGAUGAAAUCCAGACUAUCCUCACUCCAGCUCAGGAAAACGUGAGGGACAUCACCAAUCAAUUGGAUAGCUUCACUGAGACAAUUGUCCAGUUAAAGCACAAGGCAAACCAGAAUCAGUUAUUGGCUGCAGAUGCUCAGCAACAAGCAACAGAAGCCCAUGCGCGAGCAAAAACCACUCAGCAGGUAUUUGAACAAUUGAAUGGCAAAUACAUGGAUCUGAAGAGGCGAAUGGGACAAGGGUCAAAUUUAGGUAUCCAAGGUGACCGAAUUCAAAGUGCCCACACAGAGGCCAACACAUUGUUGAAUGAAGCAUUGAAUAUGAUGGCCAAAAUGGCUGCUUUAGAAACAGAACUACAGGAAAGUAACAGUGCCUUCAUCCUCAAGUCAGCCAGGUUGGAAGGCCUGGAAAAAAAAGUGGAAACAAUUCGUGAUCAUAUCAGUCAACGAGCUGCAUAUUAUGUCAGUUGCACAGAUUAGAAUAGUUUCUUCUCCUUUCCCGAUGAAUCCUUUCCUCUGUCUAAUUUAUCAAGAUUGCUUUCUUCAUAUCUGCAAAGAAAAUAUUUCCAUCUUUUAUUUUAAAAAGCUAGCUUUGAAAUAUUGCUAUACGUUAAGCUUUAGGGGAAAAAAACAGAAAUGGGUAUACUAAUUUAUUUGUUGUAGCACUCCAAGACUCCCUUAUAUUUAAAAUUAAUCUCUUGAAUUCAAAUGUUGUUGAUAGCGGGUUUUUUUUUUAAAAUUGGAAGAUGUACUUUUGCAUAAAUUCUAUCCAAGCAGAAUCUGGAUUCAAGCAAGAUUAAGAAAGCAAUAUAAAUAAACAAUGGUGUCUGUUUCUUAGAUUUCAUAGCCCAUAAUAAAACUUUUUAUCUUUUUA